CGGGGGCUCGGGAGGGCACCGCCGCGAACUCGCCGCGAAAGGCUCUCGAAGGCCGGGCCGCGGACCAGGGGUGGAGCCCUAGAGAGUGCUAGGACCUAGAGAGAACUUGGGUGGGGGUGGGGGGAGCGGAUGGGCGUGGACUGGAGAGAAUCUGCAAGUCGCCGAGCUAGGAGAGGGGCUUAGGGGAGUCCCGGGAGGCUGCUGGAUGGCGGGCCUCAGCCACCCCUCCGGAUGCUGGUGUUGCCAUCGCCCCCCUGCCCGCAGCCCCUGGCACUUCCGUCCGCAGAGGCCAUGGAGGCUCCUCCAUCCCGGACAGGCAGGUCCCCAGAGCCUGGACCUUCCUCCUCCACAGGACCUCCCCAGCCUUCCUCCCCUCCGAGGCCCAACCACUACCUGCUUAUUGACACCCAGGGCAUCCCGUACACCGUGCUGGUGGACCAGGAGUCUGAGAGAGAGCCCGGGGCAGAUGGGGCUUCGGCUCAGAAAAAGUGCUACAGCUGCCCCGUGUGCUCCCGGGUCUUCGAGUACAUGUCAUACCUGCAGCGACACAGCAUCACCCACUCGGAGGUGAAGCCCUUCGAGUGUGACACCUGUGGGAAGGCAUUCAAGCGGGCCAGCCACCUGGCUCGGCACCACUCCAUUCACCGGGCUGGUGGCGGCCGACCCCAUGGCUGCCCACUCUGCCCCCGACGCUUCCGUGAGGCCGGUGAGCUGGCCCAGCACAGCCGGGUCCACUCGGGGGAGCGCCCGUUUCAGUGCCCACACUGUCCGCGCCGGUUUAUGGAGCAGAACACCCUGCAGAAGCACACUCGGUGGAAGCAUCCGUGAGCCAGGCUGCCGGGUACCCCAGUGCCAUGGGGUUCUGGGGGGAGCCCGGACUCUUGUCACCCUCAGACACCUGGCCAGUGCCAAAGGCUGGGUCGCAGCCCUGGACACAGACACGGACACACUUCCUGCGAAGGUCAAGCCCUGCCUGAAGGAGGAGCCCCUGAGUAGCCUUCGGGCCCUUCCAGUUUCGGAGAUAAAGAUGGAAAGGAGGCCCUGCUUUCACAGAGUGGAGCCCUCCAGCCUCAGGCUGAGCCCUGACAAGGUGUGGGGAGACAUUGCUCUGUGUGGAAGUUCUCCAGCCUGAAAAUCGUGGUUGGGAGCCAUCAGGCAUCUGCACCAGCUUCCUGACAUCCCUGUGCUGAUGCUGGGGGAAGGGGUCCCAGACCUGCCUCCCACCCCCCAGCCGGGACCUGCGACUGGACACCCAAUAAACACAUUUCCCAUUUUGA